AUGGAAAUCUCUGACAAAAUUCGAAUCGUUGUAGUGGGAGAUCCUGGUGUGGGGAAAACGAGUCUAGUUCAUAUACUUUGUCAUAAUGAAGUUUUAAGGAAUCCUUCAUAUACAAUUGGUUGCGCGGUUGACGUAAAGAUUCAUGUUCAUACUCGUGCACAUAAAUCAUAUUUCGUAGAAUUUAUUGACGUUGGAGGGUCUUCCAAGCAUAAGUCUUCACGUAACAUGUUUUAUCAUCAGAUAAACGGCAUCAUAUUAGUACAUGAUGUUAGUAAUAGAAAAUCAUAUUAUAAUUUAUGGAAUUGGAUUUCCGAAAUCAUUGAAUCUGAAGGUUAUAAGGAAGUUGAAAGGUCAAGUAGUUUGGGGUCCAGUUGGAAUGGCAAUGGCAGCGGUUGUUGGGGUCCCUCGAGUGGAGGUGGAUCCAGUGGUUGGAUGAGUGGAAGUGGAAGUGGAACGUUGACCGCAAAUAUUAAUGGAAGUACAAAUGGAUUAUCUUCCAACUCUUAUAAUGGUUAUAAGAAAAACGAAGAAUUUAAACUGUCCUUAAGUGAACGAUCUUUGAAUAUACCACUUCUAGUGGUUGGAACUAAAGCGGACCUUGUUAAACAUGAGCUAACAGGACGGCAACGACGAUAUAGUAUAAUCGAUGAAUUUGGUGGUGACUGUGUAAAUUUAUGCGCCGUAGCUCCUACACAAUUCGCACAAAAUUCCAUAGCUGUGGAUAAGGUUAAUUCAUUUUUUGAUCUAGUCAUAGAUAAAAAAUAUGGAAUUACUUUAGAUUAUUUACCAAGCCCAACGUUGGGAACCUUUGCAGCUUCAUCAUCAACCUCUUUAUCAACGGGAGGGAUCAUCACAAACAGAGAAGAUCGAAGGCGUGGAUUACAAAAUGUUGUAGUAUCGGGAGGCAAUUCAUCAAGUCAUAGCAUAAUAAAUGGAUUACCAAGUCCUGGAUUACCUCCCACUUAUGUUGCGCAAAAUAGUGUUAAUACGAAUAGAUUAGGGGUUAAUGUAACGAAGGAUUUCUCUCCAAGAAAGCAAAGUUGGAAUGGGUUCAGAAAUCCCGCAACAUAUUCACAUCAGCCUAUAACGAAUGAUGAUAUAGGAAAUAAUAAAUUAUUAAGGCCCACAUCAAAUAAUUCAAGAGAAUAUUUAAAUAUCAAGUCAUUAAAAACUUCUAAUUCUUCAUCGAAUUUACGAGAAAUUUCAUCAUCAUUGUCAUCAUCUGGUUCAUUAUUACGAUCAAGUUCUGCUUCAAAUUUACGUGAAAGUGUAGAAAUUGUUGGAAGGAUUAACAGAAAUGACUAA